AUGUACCGCGACUGGCUCUAUGGCGACGAGCGGCGCUACGCGAAUUACAUCGGCGUUGCGCUCGGGCUGCUGAGCAUCGGCCUCUUCUUAUACACAAUGCGGGUAAUGGGCACCGAGACGUGGGACAUCCCCACACCGGUGCUCGCGUCGCAGCGCAAGAAGGCGGCGGCAGCAGCGGCAGCAGCAGAGAACGCGGCAGACGGCAACGACGGCGCGGCGCAGACGCCCGACGCGCUAGCCAUGCUGAAGAAGCCGGCGAUUGUGUCCAAGACGGCGUAG